GGGUUGUAAACCUUGUUUGCCCUUUGGUGGAGAGACAGUUGGCAGGAACAGUUUGAUCGAGCUGGGCUCUGUAGGCUGCUUCUGGUAAAUAGUUGGGGAGACGACGACAGAUCAGAUUGCAGAAAACAGCGAGGACUGAUUGAGAUUUGAGAGAUUUGUCUUUCUGCUCUUUAGUUUCUCGUAUGGAAUUUCUCUGAGAUUUUGUUCUUUCACUUCAUUCUCAUUUCUCAGUGGUUGUAUAUUUUUGUUUCUUGAUUUGUUCGUGGUUUUGAGUUGAGAAUCGAUAUGGGUUACUGGAAAUCCAAGGUUCUUCCCAAGCUCAAGAAGGUUUUUGAGAAGAACGGCACUAAGAAGGCUGCUGCUGCUGAAGCAUGCAAGUCCUUUGAUGAAUCCAAGGAAACGAUCGACAAGGAGUUCGAAGAGAAGAAGACUGAACUCCAGCCCAAGGUCAUCGAAAUCUAUGAAGCUUCUUCCACUGAAAUCAAGACUUUGGUGAAGGAACGUAAAGAUGGAGGAAUCAAAAAGCACUCAGCAGCAGUUAACAAGUUCCUGGAAGAACUAGUUAAAAUUGAGUUCCCGGGAUCGAAACAGGUGAGUGAAGCAUCUUCAAAGUUCGGGCCACCACUAGUUUCGGGGCCAGUAUUUUUUGUGUUCGAGAAGGUGUCGACCUUUAUCGUGAUAGAAGAGAAAGCAGCGGAGACAACAACGACAGAAGCAGGCACGACAACCGAAAGCAAAGAGAAGGAAAUAGUCAUAGAAGCAGAAGAGAAGGAGGAAGAGGAGGUGAAAGCCCCCGUUGAGGAGGCUCCUGCUCUGGCCAAGGUGGAAGAAGCAGAGCCAAAGCCAGAGCCAGAGCCAGCAAAGGCAUGAAAGAAGAUGAAGAUUUUUAUUGUCGAUCCAUCAAGGUUAAGUCGUUUCACGUUUGGUAUAAGUAUAUAUAUAUAUAUAUAUAUAUAGAUAGAUUUGUUAAGAGUUAAAACCAGAAGACAUGAUUUGUUAUUCUUUCUUCUCUUCUUUCCUUGUAAGUUGUUCUCUGUCUUAUCUCCGUCUCUCUCUCUCUGAUUGAUAUUUAAGCUUCCAUGAAGAUGUUUAUGGGUUUUUGUGAAUGUAGUAGUUCUAUUUUUUUGGGGAAGGUUGGGGGUGGUAGGGCCUCCUCCUCCUCCUCCUCCCCUCUCUCUCUCUAUCUCCUUCCCUGCUGCUGUCUGUGUUAUCUUUUGUUCAUAUAAAAAAAAGGAGAAAACAGCUCUGAUGAAGAGUUGUAUUUGUUUGGAUUUA